AUUCGAUUGGCAAGGGCCGAGGUCGUUGUAACUUACACUAAGAAGAUUGCACCGCAAUGAUUGGCGAGGAGGGUGUAGAUGACCGGCCAGUGACGAGCGCUGAAAUACAGAAGGCGCGGUCGUUCCUGGUGGAAAGACUGCUUCCCGACCUGGAUCAGACGAAGCAGAAGCACGAUCUGGUGCGCAGCGACAUUGCAGGCUAUGAAAGGCUACUCGUGCAUCUACGGGAGCUAGAAGAGCGGGCCAGGAGAGGGGUGGUGCACGUAGAUUCUCACAUCGAUAGCGACGAUGGAAUGACGCUUCCGGCAAAAUAUUCGACCACAGCAAAUCCCAUCGUGCAUCUUGGUCUAGGAAAUCUGUAUCUUGAACUACCUGCUCAAGAAGCACGAGCAUUCGUCUCCUCUAGACUAAAGCUACUUUCCAAGCGAUUAGGCAGAGAACAAGAGAAUAUCGCCAAAAUUGAAGCUGUUGUCCAUUUGUCAAGUACCACGCUUGUAAAGCUCGAAGCAUUGCACCGCGGCGAGACGAAGACCAUACUAGAUGAAAACUGACUCUCAAGGCCGCGUCUUUACGAAUUAAGUGUUAUGUAGAAUAAAAAGCCAGUAAAAUCGCUGGUAUGCACCACGUUGCAGCAUAUCUGCCAUCAGCCACUCUUCGCCUUCGCUACUGGCUGCUGCCGCUCAUCGUUCCGCAGGUUUCCGUGGUUGUGCAUUCUGUCAAAAUAUCACACCGGAAACUAGCAGUCCGGGAGAGGGCUGGGUGUGGUCUUCUUUGUCCCCACAGCUUCUGGAGUCCCGGGAGAAAGGCCGGACGACGUGAUAUCCUCGGCCUUCGCCAGGGUGUGAGACCUUCCAUCAGAUCAUCACAUUUAUCGUUCUCGCGUGUUUCCAAAUAAGAGAGAAGAGGCGGGGCCUGACCAAG